AAACAGGUAGAGGGGGUUACUGAGCUCGGAAGUCGGAAAGUGUGUCAACAACAAUGGCGGAUUAAUUGCUCUUGAAUUUUUACAACUUAUACCCGUUCUGACGUUUGUUAAGUUCUAGUUAUUAAGUUAAAAGGAUAGUUGUAGAACAAUGGCAGACGGAGUACCUGGGGGAAGACAGGGAUCCCUUAAUUUUGAUUCGCCACAUUUAAUUUCUUCUCAUCGACCGGUAGACACCUUAUCGAGAAGAACACCUCAGAAGAAGAGAAGCCUAGCAUCUGUGAUCAAGAAAUUUUUUUUAAAGAGUUCGAAAGAUGAUGAAAAACAAAAAAUGCUUAGACUCGCUCAAAAUGCGAAUGCCGGGAUUGUUGGCUUAUAUAAUCAUGGAAAUACAUGCUAUAUGAAUGCAGUUUUACAAUGUCUUAGUCAUACUCUAGAAGUGACAAAAUAUUUUGUACUAAAUAAAUAUAAGCAGGAUGUUUUAAAGAGAAUUGGAAAUUCUCAAGAACUAUCUGACUCACUCUCUAGAGUUCUAAAAUCUCUGUGGACAAAUGGAUACAAAUCUGAAAUAUCUAGUUCAUUUAAGCAUAUUAUUGGGAAAAAAGCCGUCCAAUAUAGUGGUACUGAACAGCACGACGCUCAUGAAUUUUUACUAUGGCUACUUGACAAUCUUCACGAUGAGAUGAAUAUUGCCAAAUCAACAAAAAACAAAAAGAUUUCUACGAGAAAGACGGUAAUCAGAGAUGAUGCGAAAGCCGCAGAAGAAGCUCUUUCUAACCAAUCAAAAUGCAAUAAGUCAUUUAUUUACGAUCGAUUUCAAGCUCUGUAUCGUUCAUCAAUAACAUGUCCAAUGUGUAACAAGUGUUCGAAUACUUUUGAUCCAUUUUUAUCACUCUCCCUACCACUUCCUCACCAAGGACGGCGACCUGUAUUCAUUGUGAUUGUUUAUCUACCCGAAACCUUGCACUCGUUUCCUAAACAAUUGAAAGUCGGUAUGCUAAUGGAUGCUGAUGAGAAUAUUCAGCGACUUCGAGAGGUUGUGGCCGAGGAUACUAACAUAAGUCAUAAGAAUUUGAUUCUAGCCGAAAUAUAUUAUGAUGGCUUUCACCGGACGCUGACAGAUGAAUUAUCUAUCAACAGUAUUCAUGAAGCUGAUCCCAUCUACGCAAUCCAAACCCUUCCUCCCUCACAGAAUAGUAGCUAUAUUCUUAUCGUUCUUAUAACAAGUUUAGGAGGUCGACGGUUUGGGUCACCUUUAACGUUUAGCUUUGAUCGUCUCGCUACUUACUCUGAUCUUUCUGGCUAUAUUUCUCAAUUAAUAAGAACAAAUUCUGAAGCUGUUAGUUUAAAAGUAAUUAGUAGCGAUGGCUCAAAAGAGCUACCAAGAGACGUAGAGCAUCCUCUUCUCGUUGCUGAAGUUGAGAAGAUUCUCGAAGAACACAUUCCAAGUUCUGGACCUGUUCAUAUUAAGAUGGUAGCAGAGUUUCAAGAUGAAAUUCAGAGCGGUCUGGCUCAUCAAACGGUUGACGAACACGAAUCUGUUGAGCAGGUUCGUGUCGCCAAUGCUUCAAACCCUAUUUGUACGUUAUACGAUUGUCUUCAAUUGUACACAAAAGAUGAACGUCUCGAAGAUGACACAUGGAUGUGUCCUAAUUGCAACAAACGGCCGGCGAAGCCAAAUAAAGUUUUAAAAUUUUGGUCAACUCCAGAUAUGUUAGUUAUACACUUGAAAAGAUUUCGACAAAUCGCCCCAACUGCAAGAAGGGUUAAGGUCGAUCUAUUGGUCACAUAUCCCAUAACAGGGUUAGAUUUAUCAAAAUAUGUUUGUGAAAGUUCUCAUCGAUUCAAGUCUCCUCAUAAUCAGCACAUAUACGACCUAGUUGGCGUGGUCAAUCAUUAUGGUAAUAUGUUGGGCGGUCACUAUACAGCUGUUUGUCGGUCUGGUCACCCAGACAAGAAGUGGCAUAUAUAUGACGACAAACAAGUGAAUAAGAUAAUGGAAAGUGAAGUUGUUACUUCUUCUGCUUAUAUGUUGUUCUAUAGAAAGUGUUCUUUGCCUCCGGUCAACCUGGACUGGAUUCCUAACUCGCCUCCACAUAAUAUUUCAAAUUUACGACGUUCGAAUUUAACACGAUCAUUAGAGAGAAUAAAUAUAGGUAAGUCGGAAUCUUAACAACUCAAACAAACUCGUACUUUGUCAGAUAUUGCUAAUCAAUUCAAAAAGCAUUAUAUAAAUUUUUAUGUAUACUUUAUAGAACAAAUGCAGAUUACUUUCUACUUGUUAAAAGCUUUCUUAUUUGCCCUCCAGCUGAACCUGCGAAUCAGAGAGUAAUACAAUCGUAUGGGACUAUUAGCAGAAUGCGCCGAGAUUCCUCCGCUCCGGAACAAUUGAAUACUCCUCAUAAUUCUUCAAAUAUAUCGGCGCCUGCAGCAACUUUACCUCGUCGUCCUGUAGUUGAAACACAGCCAAAUUUUCAAUCACUCACUAUUAUACAAGAAUCUUCCGUCUAACAACUUAAACUUUUCCUGUGCCAUUUUUCCUGCAGCUAAAUUCAUUUGUAGAUAUAUCAUAUUUUCUAAUUUUGCAGAACGUUUCAAACAGAUUGAUUUUGACUUGAACGUUAAUCUUAGAUUAUUUUCGUACUUGAAUAUUUCGUGUUUAAUAUUGUUACCCUUUUACUAAUAAAAAUUUUUUGUUUAAAAAAUAAUCCUCAAUUAAAUAAUGUUGUUCUUGUUUCUUUAUUUAUAAUCGUAUGUUAGCGCCAUCUCUUGUUUGUCAAGAAAAAUCAAUAGUUUUGUAGCUUUGUAGCAUAAACAGGGAUUUAGAGUGAAUGGAGAGAAUUUGACAAUAAUAAGUUAAUAAGGUUCUAUUUAAAGUGAAAUUGAUCUAAUUUAGUCACUGACAAAUUGAUAGCGGAUGAAGUUUUUAAAUAUCAACUUUUAUCAUAUUCUUAUAUAAUAAGAACAAUACUAUUUGUGUUGCACCUAAUACAAGCCAGAUUCAAUUCUCUGUUGACGCCUUACUUUUUGGAUAUUCUCUACAAAAAACUAUUUACCCAUAGUCGUUAUGUAAUUUAUAAAUUAACUACUUUUUCA